AACAAAUUAAAAAUAUUACACCCUUUUAACCCUGAUUAUCACACAAUCAUCCAAUCAAUCAUUCCUCCCUUUUCUCUGUCCACCACUCCCACAAAACUCAGAAACAAUCAGAAAAACAGAGAAAUUGUACUGUAACUGUGCAGCAGCAUAAAAACAUCAAUUUCCAGCAACAACAACAAAAGUUCCCACAAAAAAAAGAGGUAAAAUCCUCCAACAACUUCAACAUUUUAUUCAUACUUCUAUUAAAUCUGCAAAUUUCUGCAAACAAGUCAAAUUUCAACCCUUUUUCUCUUACGUACUUACAAUCUCUGUAAAUUUGUGCUAAAUUUGUUGCAACUUACUUUUCGAAAACUUAAUUUAACAUUUCUUCAGCCAUUUCCAACGCUUUCAGUUUCAGAUCUCUUCUCUCACGCAAUUUCUCUCUCCUCUUUCCCCUGUUUUUCCCACUAUAUAAACGCUCUCCAUAAUACCCGCAAAUUCACUGAGAAUAUCCGAAAAUUAACACUUACCCACUUCAAUUAACCUCCUUAAUUACGUUACCCACCUCCUAAUUUCUGCCAUUACCACCGCUUUUAGAUCUUCUUCCUCACACAAAUUUUCUCUCUCCUCUGUUUUUUCCUUUCUUAUAUAAACACCAAACAUUCCCUCAAAAUUAGUCAUUAUCUCCCAAAAUUAACACUAACCCACUUAAAUUAACCUCCUUAAUUACAUUACCCACCUCCCAAAAUCAUGCCGGAAACCACCCAAACGCCGUCGUUUAACGGUGUUCAGAUCCACCAAUCACGUCGUUUACCAGAUUUUCUCCAAAGUGUGAAUCUCAAGUAUGUUAAACUUGGUUAUCACUACCUUAUGACUCACUUACUUACUCUCUGUUUAAUUCCAUUAAUGUCUGUAAUUUUAAUCCAAGCUUCUCAGAUGCAAUACGACGACGUUUACCAUCUUUGGGUUCAUCUUAAAUACAAUAUAUUUAGUGUCAUAAUUUGUUGUACUAUACUUGUUUUUGGAUUCACUCUUUAUAUCAUGACAAGACCUAGAUCUAUUUACUUAGUAGAUUUCUCACUUUACUAUCCACCAAAUAAGUUCAAAGUUAAGUUCAGUGAUUUUGUAGAACAUUCUAGAUUAACUGGAGAUUUUGAGGAAUCUUCUUUAGAUUUUCAAAGGAAGAUUCUAGAACGUUCUGGAUUAGGGGAAGAAACUGUGGUUCCUGAAGCAAUGCAUUCGAUUCCACCUCGGCCGUCUAUGCAGGCGGCCAGGGAAGAAUCUGAGCAAGUUAUGUUUAGUGCAUUAGAAAAUCUGUUAAGUCAUACUGGUAUAAAAACUAAGGAUAUUGGUAUACUUGUUGUUAAUUGUAGUUUGUUUAAUCCAACACCAUCAUUAUCUGCUAUGAUAGUUAACAAGUUUAAACUUCGAGGUAAUAUUAAGAGUUUUAAUCUUGGUGGUAUGGGUUGUUCUGCUGGUGUUAUUGCAAUCGAUCUUGCGAAAGACAUGUUACAAGUUCAUAGAAAUACUUAUGCUGUUGUAGUUAGUACUGAGAAUAUUACACAGAACUGGUAUUUUGGGAAUAAGAAAUCAAUGCUUAUUCCUAAUUGCUUGUUUCGUGUUGGGGGAUCAGUGGUCUUGUUAUCGAAUAAAUCGAUUGAUAGAGCUCGAGCUAAGUAUCGACUUGUUCAUGUUGUUCGAACUCAUCGUGGUGCAGAUGAUAAGGCAUUUAAGUGUGUGUAUCAGGAACAAGAUGAUGUUGGUAAAACUGGAGUUUCAUUAUCUAAAGAUUUGAUGGCUAUAGCUGGAGAUGCACUCAAGACUAAUAUUACUACACUUGGUCCGCUUGUGUUGCCUAUAAGUGAACAAUUGUUGUUCUUUUUUACACUUGUUGUAAGGAAGUUUUUCAAUGUUAAAGUUAAGCCUUAUAUUCCUGAUUUUAAGCUUGCGUUUGAGCAUUUUUGUAUUCAUGCUGGUGGAAGGGCGGUGAUUGAUGAGCUCGAGAAGAACCUAGAGUUGAGUUCUGUGCACGUUGAAGCGUCUAGGAUGACGCUUCAUAGGUUUGGGAACACGUCUUCGAGCUCGAUUUGGUAUGAACUUGGGUACAUUGAAGCUAAAGGAAGGAUGAAGAAAGGGCAUAGAGUAUGGCAAAUUGCAUUUGGGUCUGGAUUUAAGUGUAAUAGUGCAGUUUGGCAAGCGUUGCGGAACGUUAAGCCGUCACCUAAGAGUCCUUGGUUGGAUUGUAUUGAUAGGUAUCCUGUUGAGAUUAAUGGUUAGUUUGAGUCUUUCAGAGAUUCUUGUGCACAAAUUAUAAGUUGACAAAAAAUGAAAAUGAGAUGAACAUCCUUGUUAAAUCAUUUUUUGUACUUUUAUUAAGGAUUGUAUUCUUUAGUGAUUUCUUUGUUGUAGAGGGAAAUUUGGGGUGUUUACUUGUGAACUUUCAUUUUAUCAGGUUAUAAUUGUGUGCUAAUUCAGGCCUGUUCUCCUCA